AUGGCCUCUUCUUCUUGUUUGCCAAGUUCAUCCUGGCCCUUGCUUCUUAUACUUUGCUUAUCGAGUGCAUCCGUCGCUUGGGCUAAGGCUGGAGAGAUUGGCAUCUAUUGGGGAUUCCCUGAGAGCAACACCACUCUUACCAAUCUCAACAACACCUGCAACUCCGGCAACUUCAAGACCGUGAGCAUUGCCGCACUCAGCAACUUCGGCGACGGCCAAGUCCCGAGAGCCGACUUCGGCUCAUCCUGCAACGUCGCCUCCGGCGGGUGCAAGCGCCUGCAGUACGACAUCGCCCACUGCCAGAAGAUGGGCAUCAAGGUGCUGCUUACCGUAGGAGGGCCGACGAACAACUACACUCUUGCCACCCGUCAAGAAGCGUAUCAACUCGCCGCCCAUGUCUACGACGUUUACCUCAGCGGCUACGGCGUCGACGGCCCCCUCGGAAUGGUCAAGCUCGACGGAGUCGACUUCUACCUCAGGGAUGGCAUUUCCACCACCGAUCGGCUGUACUUGGAGAUCACUGCAGAGGCCAUCAAGAGCUACGACGCGGGGCUUAUCUUGACGUCCUCCCUGCAGUGCGACUACCAGCCCAGCCGGGCCAUGCAGAUGGGUCUGUACGACAGAGUGUGGCCGCGAUUCUACGACCACCCUUGUUUGUUCAACGACAGCAACCCGGAGCCGUUCGAGUUGGCGGUGAGGGUCUGGACCUCAGCGUUGGAUGCGGCAUUCUACGUGGGGCUGCCCACCCGGCCGGACUACUCCGGGCGCAGCGGCUACAUAGUGCCGGAGAAGCUGCAGGAUGCGCUCCAAACCCCGCAGCAGUCGUGCCACUACGCCGGCGUCAUGCUGUGGAACAGGAACUGGGACGUGAGGGAAAACUACAGCACCACCAUCCUGCCCAUCGUGAAAGCGACCUCUGCAAACCCUUGCCCUUCUCUUCGUGAUGUUUCCCUCUGA